AGAUGACAGAAAAGAUGACAGAACGUCAAAAAACUCAAAAGCAAAAAGAAGAACCACCACAGUUCAGUGACCCUUCGCUCUGCGCAAGAAAAGUAGAGUUCUUUGCGCCUCUCCAACUCAAACUCAACCUUUUCUUGCUCGAUUUUCAACCUUCGCUUCCUCCUCGUCUUCUUCAAUCCAAUGGGUCGCCGUCUGCUACUCUCCGCCACCGUUCUCACUCUCCUCACCAUCUCUUUCUUCUCAGAGGUCCAUUCCGCUUCCUUCAAGAUAGUCAACAAGUGCCGGCGCACGAUAUGGCCCGGCCUGCUAUCCGGCUCCGGGACGGCACAGCUCCCCACCACCGGGUUCGCCCUCAAGAGCGGCAAGUCCAGGACCAUAUCCAUCCCUAAGUCAUGGUCGGGUCGGAUGUGGGGUCGAACCCACUGUGGCCGAGACUCUACAGGCAAGUUCUCGUGCCUUACCGGCGACUGUGGGUCCGGGACGCUGGAGUGCGCCGGCUCUGGGGCCAAGCCUCCUGCCACGCUGGCAGAGUUCACUCUAAACGGCGCCGAUGGGCUGGACUUCUACGACGUGAGCCUCGUCGACGGCUACAACCUCCCAAUGCUUGUUGUAGCAAGAGGUACAAGAGGUGGAUGUGGCGCCACCGGAUGUUUAGUGGAUUUAAACGGCGCGUGUCCGAAGGAGCUCCGGGUGGCGAGUGGGGGUAGGGUGGUCGCGUGCAGGAGUGCGUGCGAGGCGCUCGGUGAUCCGAGGUUGUGUUGCAGCGGGGCGUACUCUACGCCUGACACUUGUGGGCCAUCGUUGUACUCGCUGUUCUUCAAGUACAUUUGCCCACGCGCGUAUAGCUACGCGUACGAUGAUAAGACUAGUACCUUCACGUGUGCCUCCGCCGAUUACUUGAUCAUAUUCUGCCCGUCACCCUAUACCAGUCAAAAAUUGCUCGGAGCUCGGAAAGAUGGGGCAAAGCUACCACUGGUGAACUUUACCACUAUGUACAUACCAAGCCACCAUGCAAACAGUGCUUCAUACUCAGGUCUGGUCCAUACAAAACUUAUCGCCCAUGCUGCCUCUGUUGUAGCCCCAGUUUUGCUCUUCUGGCUGCUAUUUUACAACCUUUUUGCCUAACAUUGGCCUGGGGGCUGGGGUUUUCCAGGCAGAUAGGACCUCGAAGUUCAGCUGAAGAAAUGGUGUCAUUUUCCCUGUUGUUGUCCCAGCUCUUUGCUUUUCUCUCUCACUCCUCUCAGUUGUUGUUGUUGGGUUAAUAGAUCAGUGGCUAAAAUGCAGAUUGGUCGCAUGAGGCAGGACUUGACAAAUGCCACAACAAAUCCUGUAUAUACCUUCCUCUGCUCCCUUGAUUUCUUUCAAGUUUACAUCAUACAUGGGGUUUCCAAUAUAACUACAAUCUUUCCAUGAUUUUAUGUAAGAAUGCAGAAAUAUCAGAUUAUUGUAAUUGGUAGUUAUGAAGUCUGGUUGAAUAAUGCAUACAACUCAACACAAUUAGGCUUUAAAGAAUUUAUGAGAACAAUUCGUGUUCACAUAUCGAGUCAUGAAUAUAAAACUAUAUAGGUCAAGUUCGUGAGU